AUGAAAUGGGGUCAUAAAGCUAAUCCGGAUAGGUGGUUCAUAAACUUACAACCUCAAUUCCAAGAAGUUGUAGACGCAAUGGAAGUGAAUGGUGAACCAGAUAUAGCUGGUAUUUUCAGCGCGGCUUUAAUGCCAUUGAAAGAUAUGAAAGAUGCAGAUAUUUUGGACCAGUAUGAAAUGAACAUGGCUGAGGGAAAUAUAACACCUGACGUUCUAGAACAUUUAUCUCAAAGAACUACACAGAACCAUAGAGAUGGUAUAUUUGGUGAAGAGUUUAGAAAGAAAGUUAGGGAGAGAGAAGGAAGAGAACCUAUUGUACAUGACCUUGCAAACGAAAGUUUGCAAAAUGUCAUAAAAACUUACUUUGCAGACAAUGAAAUGAGAAGGGAUGAAUAUUUAAGAAAACUCAAAUGGACAGUACCAAAUGAAAUGUUAGUAUUGAAAAACAUGUUCCAUGACAAAAUAAAACCAACUACAGAAAUAAAUGACGCAAGACUGAAACGUUGGGUAAAAGCUUUCCCAUUCACAAAAGAUAUUAUUGGUUACAUGGAAAGAAAACCAGAAUGGCUACAAAAACAUAUAUUUGGAAACGAGCUUAUUCCAUAUGGACAAGCUCUGUUUGAAGAGCUUGAACCGGAAACUCAGGAAAGAGUCAUGCAAACAAUAAGCGAAGACUCAAAUACAAACUAUGACAAAAUCUUUCUAGGAUAUAGGUUACCUGAGAUGGGCGACCAGAGCCCAAAGGCAAAAAGGACAUGGGAAAUUUACAACAUACUAGGUGAACAUGAGGCAAAGAUGCUACAACUUGAAGCAGAGGGCAAGUUACCAAAAGCGACACCAAAGAAGAAGAGAGUAGAACAAAGUGA